UGGUGCUGGCGAGCAGCCUGUUUGCUGUGCUUGAUGACAAGCUGCUGGGAAGUUGUGACUUUCACUUUCACUUUCCCUUUCGAAUUCCUGGGUAUAUCUGGGAGGCCGGAGAAUGUGUCUGGUUAUUACACAGGUGCACAGCUGGAGGUGGGACCCACACAGCUCAGAACAGCUGGAUCUUGCUCAGUCUCUGUCAGAGGAAGAUUCCUUGGGUUAAGAAAAACCUUCCAGUCUGAACAGUGACUGGAGAGCUCCAAGGAAAGCCCCUCGGUAACCCGGCCGCUGGCACCAUGAACCCAGAGAGCAGCAUCUUUAUUGAGGAUUCCCUUAAGUAUUUCCAGGACCGAGUGAGCAGAGAGAAUCUGCUACAACUGCUGACUGACGGUAGAGCCUGGAGCGAAUUCAUGGUUGCUGCUGAACUGUCCAGGGAUGAGGCAGAUGCGCUCCGUAAAGCUCUGAACAAGCUUGUAAGUCACAUGGUCAUGAAGGACAAAAACCGCCAUGAUAAAGACCAGCAGCACAGGGAGUGGUUUUUGAAAGAGUUUCCUCGCUUGAAAAAGGAGCUUGAGGAUCACAUAAGGAUGCUCCGUUCCCUCGCAGACCAGGUUCAGCGGGUCCACAGAGGCACCACCAUUACCAAUGUGGUGGCCAACUCUUUUAGCACUACCGCUGGUGCCCUGAGCCUCCUUGGCCUGGGUCUGGCACCCUUCACUGAAGGACUCAGUCUUUUGCUCAUGGACACUGCAGCGGGUCUAGCAGCAGCAUCUGCUGUGACUGGGAUUACCAGCAGUGUUGUGGAACUAGUAAAGCAAUUGCAGGCACGAAACCAAGCUCGCAGCUUGGACCAAAGCAGCACCGAUGCAGUGAAGGUGGUGAAGGAGUUUGUGGGUGGGAACACACCCAACUUUCUUACCUUAGUUAACAGUUAUUCCACCUUCACACAACGCAUUGGGAGGGACAUCCGUGCCAUCAGACAAGCCAGAGUCAACCCUCAGUUAGGAGCAUAUGCCCCACCCCCCCAGGUCAUUGGGCGAAUCUCACUUGAAGGUGGUGAACAGGUUGAGAGGGUUGCUGAAGGUGGUGAACAGGUUGAGAGGGUUGCUGAAGGCCCCGCCCUGGCAAUGAGCAGAGAAGCCAUGACCGUGGGUGCAGCCACUGGAGCAAUCUUGCUUCUGCUGGAUGUGGUCAACACUGUGUACGAGACAAAGCACUUGCUUAACGGGGCAAAGUCAGAGUUAGCUGAGGAGCUGAAGAAGCAAGCUCAGGACCUGGAGGGGAAGCUCAACGUUCUCAUCAAGAUCCAUGAGAUGUUGCAGUAGGGCCAAGACCAGUGACCCCAGAGCAGGGCAGCCACCAGGGAAAGUGUGCCUGGCACAGGCCAGGACAAAAUGCAGACAUUUUAUUAGGGAGAUAAGGAGGACAAGGCAUAGUUUAUGGAAGUGAGUGUUAGUGACUUUGGCAUUUUUGUAGCUGAGCACAGCAGGGGAGUGGUUAAUGCAGAUGGUAAGUGCACCAAGGAGAAGGCAGGAACACUGGAGCCAGGAAUAAGGAAGGAAAGGGAACUGGAGAGUGUGGGGAAUGGGAAGAAGCAGUUUACUUUAGACUGAAGGAUAUAUUGGGGGAGGAAUAGAGGGGAGGCAUGCAGGAACCAGCAAUGAGAAGGUCAGGAAAAGAACCGAAAAUGCAGAAAGUCAAAGAGUUAGAACUGUUGGAUACAGGAGAAGAAACAGCAGCCCCGCUACAGACCCACCCCCAGGUUUGACGUCCUUCCAAGAAUGAAGUCUUUCCUGGUGAUGGUCUCUCACUCUGUCUUUCCAGCAUCCACUCUCCCUUGUCCUUCCGGGGGUGUAUCUCAGUCAGCCAGUGGCUUCUUGAUGAUGGUUGUUGGGGUGGUUGUUUUGUGACGGGUCCCCUCUAGGUUACUAAAGAGUGUAUGUCCCCUGCUUGAACCCUGAAGGGCAGGUGGUGGGCCAUGGCCAUGGUCCCCAGCUGAGGAGCAGGUGUCCCUGAGAGCUCAAACUUCCCAGAGAGUAUCUGAGAACCAAUCACUGAAAACAGUCCCAUCGCUCUUACCCGAUAAGUAAACAGUCAGAAAAUUAGUAUGAAAGCAGCUUAGCAUUGGGAAGAAGCUCAGAUCUCUAGAGCUGUCCUGCCGCCGCCCAGGAGUGACCUGUGUGUAAGUCCUAAUAAACUCACCCACUCACCAAG